CUAUCGCCAACUUGAAGCAAAAGUCAAACAUACGAACUACGAACUGCCCCCUUAAUCCUUCGAAUAAAGUCCGUGUACAAAACUACCAGGGGGUACUACCUCAAGCCCUGACCAUGCGAACUAUAUCGUACAUGCGAGUCUUUUCUCUUAUAGCGUUAUCGCGAUUUGCUGGCACGCGACCUCUAAACCACUACGAAGGGUUGUCAGAAACAUACAUACAAGUCCUCGGUUCGAAUAUGGUAGCAAAUGACACUGCAGCCGCUGUGCCUUCUCCUGCAACAUCUUCCUCGACUUCAGAGGGCACCGACUCGUCAUGCAAGCCGUUCAAAAUGCCGGCAACGCCUCCCCACUGUCUCAUGAUGUCUGGCGAGCUGGUCUGUCACGGUUAUUCGUUAUACUGCAGAUACCCUACAGAUUGGGGGGUUGGAUAUGAAUCUGUAGGGGAAUGCUGGACUUGUAAAUAAGCCGAUUGUCAAUUAAAAAAGAAAUGCGGGUAGAUGGAGUGAGGUUGGACUUCUGGCUAGGAUAUGAGAAAUAAGAUUUGCUUCCGACGUUGAAGAAGAGAUAGCAAGACUCCGUUCGCAGAAUCAAAUGAGAGAGACCGACCAACUGGUGGAUACGAC